GUAUGUAUAUGUAUGUAUGUAUGUAUAUACUAGGAUGUUAGCCAGCCCAAUGGCACUGCUCAUACAACAGAUUUCCCAAUCCAAUUAAAAAUCAAUGAACCGUUAUUUUUUAAAUAAAAAUAAAUACUCCCAAAAUUGAAAAAACGUGGAAUAAAUUAUAUUACAGGUUAACACCCUGUAUACAUACAGGGCUAUUUUGUUUUAAUGAAUGUUUUAUUGUUUGUAGUUUUAUAAGUUUUAAUGUAACACAUAUGUAAUCAAAUGUACGCCAAAGCAGUGUACAUAUUUUGACUGAUUUAGGGAGGACACACAUUGUCUGAGGGUUGUGGCAGGGGCCUAGGGUAGUUAUACCCUAACUAAACCUACGGGGAGGUUAUAAAUGUCCCCUUAGAGUAAGGCUUCCAUCAACAUAAGGCUUAUUUUUAGCCUGAGUGUAUAUAUUUUAUUUAUUUUAAAAGACCAUGACACAUUACUUAGUUGUAAAAUUUCCAGAGGAGGAUUCAGUGGAGGUAGUUCCGGAAACAUGGUUUUCUCAUGAGACUGGGAAGUGUUUUUUUCCAUCAAAAAUGGACUUAAAAACAUUUAACAAUUAUGUUUUAAAAAUGUUCCCCCCAGAAGACAGUUGGAAAAAAUUUACAGGCAUUGCUUUGUGGAAAACAACUGAUUACAAAAUAGCGCACGAUAAAGCCACUCUAGCAUUAGAUACUUCAGAUCUUAAUACUGAUACAGAAACAACAGGAAAAAAGAGAAAGAGAAAGGAAGUUCAAAGAUUUGAAAUUCUCAAUGAAAAUGAUGAGCCUAAUGUUGAUUUUUGUCCUAAUAAGUUGUCACUUCAUGGAACAUCAAGUAGCACCAGAAACACGUGUGCCCCAAAUGUAGAGUGUAAAAUUUUUCCUCCUAGUAAUGAGAAGUCGAUUCCUUUUUCAAUAUUUAACAAAAGUUCUGUUUCAUUAAAUAGUUCUUUAGAUAAUGACACUAGUUCAUAUUUUCAAAAUGGUUAAAUUUUGUCACCAAAUAAUAGGACAGAUUUAAUGAUGGAUAAGAUUUUAGAAAAGCUCGUUGUGAUGGAAAACAGGCAGAAAUCCAAUGAAAAGAUAUUAAAAACUAUUCUUAUGAGGUUAGAAAGCUGUACAAAUGAGUCUUCAAUUGAAGAUUUACCUGUCACAUUGCCUGUUCAAAAUUGGCAGGAUUUGAUAAUAUUAGAUGAAAUGAGUUCUUCUGUUGGUUUGUCAAGGUUGCUUGGUGUAAUUGGUGGGAGCAAUUUGAAAUCAAUUACAUAUAACAUAAUGAAUCAGCUAGUAUGUCAUGAACUAGCACUAAAAAUGAAUUGGAGUGAUGAAUACAAAAAUAAACACGCCUUUGGAAAGUUAAAAAAAAUUCCUGGCAUAGUAUAUAUUGCAGUUCAAAAGCAUGAAAAAGGAGGAAGUAAUGCAGAUGUUGAGAAGUGCAUAAAAAGGUGGCUAAUGCAAGCUCCGGACAGAAAUGGUGGCCGCGCACAACGUGCUUUAAAAACUUUAACUCAAAACUCUUGAAUUUUCUUUGAUAUAUUAUAUUUUACUUUCAUUACUUAAGUAUAACAUUUUUUUUAUAGUAUCAUACUUUUAUAUUUUACUACACAUACAUACAUACAUACAAUAUAACAGAAAAUUUUUCAGUGCAGGAUUAAGGCGUGGACUUUAUUUGUUUUGAAAUUUUGAGUUUUGAAAUUUAUUUUUUUGGUUAAUACCUUAAAUUUUGCAUGGAUUUUAAUGAAAGGUUUUCUUCAUUUUAACAUAUUUCUUUUUAAAAUCAUCGGUUUAAGUUUUUGACCAGUGCACUGAUUAAAAACUUACAUACAUUUAUUAACAAAUACAUACAUGUAUGUAUUUAUAUUUUAAAGCUAUAUUUGAAAUAUAUAUUUAUUGUAACUAACCUAUUUUAAUGCUUUUUGUUUAAUAUUUUUUUGUGUUGCUAUUUAUAGAUUAUUAUAGAUGAUUAUAGAUGUUAUAGAUUAUAGAUGACUAAAAAGUGCUACAUGCUAAAGCUACGUAAUCAUUAGAUACUUUAGAAAAGAAGCCAUAAAAGAUAUAUCCUAGUUAUAAAAGUUUAGUAAAUUUUUUCUGAUUCUUGUUAGUUUAUAGUUAAUGCUUAUUUAUUGUGCUAAAUAGUUUAUAUGUAUCUUCAAGUAUAUAGACUUAAUACGCAUCGACAUCUGGUACCAGUGGUAAUGUCACAAGCAUCUUUUAACUACAAGUAUAUUUUCCAUAUAUUUUGAAGGAGUUGUCUGCUUGUUUUCUUUUUGUUUUUGUAUUUGUUAGUGACAUCAACAUCUGGUAGCAAUGGUAACGUUCUAAAGUAUCUUUUCGAAAUAGCUGUAUAUAACCAAUCAAAUUAUUUUAUGUACUUUGUUUUUCCUAUGAUAAUCUUACAGAUUAUAUCUUUUUUAAUUCAUUAUAAAUGACGUUCUAAAGAUGUUUUUUUCUUUUUAUCUAUUGCAUUUUCUAGUCUUUAAUGGCAUCUGGUAGCAAUGGUAAGUUUGUAUCUUUUCAAAAUAGUUAAUAAUGACUUAGUAAAAGAAGAUGUUUUUUUAAGUUAUUGUUUAUUUUGUAGUAUUUAGGGGCAACAGCAUUUAGUAUUUUUUCGUUUUGUAGUCUUUAAUGAUAUUGACAUCUGGUAACCUUGGUAAGGUUGUAUUUUUUCAAAAUGAUUAUAUUAAUUGUUAAAGAGGUUAUAUGUUUAUUAUUAUUUUUAUUUCGUAUUCCUAAGGUACAUCCAAACUUAAAAGCAAUGGUAAAGUUAUAUCUUUUCAAAAUGAUUGUAAAAUACCUUUUCAUAAGGCUAUUAUAUAUUUUAAUUUUUAAGAUGUCGUUUGAUAACUAUGUUUUAUAUUUUGCAUUUUUUAGCGGCAUCACCAUCUAUUAGCAAUGGUAAUGGUAUAUCUUUUCAAAAUGACUGUAAAUGAUCAAUAUCAUAUAAACAUAAUUAUUAUUUCCAAACAUUGUAAUUUUUUUUCAAUAUUAUGUUUAUUAAUGUUGGAUUAGUAAAAUAAAUAUAACAGCAAUUAUAACGCUUCAACCGUUAGUUUAUUUUUUCUCAAUAUAACGCCAAUAUAACGGCACUUCGAAGUGCCGUUAUAUUGGCGUUAUAAUAUAACGGCAGAUCGGCCUUUAUAUUUAGUGUUAUAUUUGCUCAACUCGAGUUGAUGUUAACGCUAGAUCUGGCGUUAUAUACUUUUUGUUAUUUUGGCGUUAGUUUUUUUACAAUGUGUCUUUCAUUACGAUCGGCCUAAUUAUUUUAUUUUAGAUCUAUCAGGAGCAGUUUAAAAUGCGAGAAAAAUUGCGUAAAAAUGUGAAGUAGAAGAUUAUUGAUAGUUAGCACCAUAAUGACGAAUAAAUGACGGUUGAAGAAAUGAUGGACAAGCUUUUACUCAUCUUAAACCUUUAUAUGAAUAUGAAUUGUAUUUUAGUUAACUUUUAUUGAAAUGUAAAAAAUUUAUCAAUAUAUAAUGUAUUGCAAAAA